AUGGCGAACACCUGCGACGUAUUGGCGAAUUGUCAAGUCGUCCAGGACAUUGUGAACGAUGUGAGCGGACAGCAUGCCGACGAUGCCACAUGGGUUUUGACGAGCAGCUUUGUAAUUUUGACAAUGCAGAGCGGCUUUGGGAUGUUGGAGCUGGGUUGUGCUGCACGGGGUCACGAAGUAAAUAUCAUGCUCAAGAACGUCUACGACGUGGUCUUCGGCGCUGCUGCCUAUUACCUGCUGGGAUAUGGUAUUUCUUACGGUUAUCCCUCGAAUGCUUUCAUGGGUCUGGGUGGGUUUCUCAUGGACACUUCCACCGACAGCUUUGAGAUGCAGGUGCAGUCGGGCCUUAGAUUUAGCAGCUACAUCUUUCAAUUUAGCUUCGCUGCCACCUCCACGACCAUCGUCAGUGGUUGUCUGGCCAUGCGCUGUCGCUUUGCAGUGUACUGCAUGUACUCUUUCUACGCUGUGAUUGUCUAUGCCUUCGUGGCGCACUGGGUAUGGGCCGAGACUGGCUGGCUGGCACAGCUGGGCGUCCAUGACUUCGCAGGAAGUGGCCCAGUGCACUUGUUGGGGGCAGUGAACGGGCUGAUCGGCAUCCUAUGUAUGGGGCCGAGACAAGGCCGGUUUGAUGGUACGAG